AUGGAAAUAUUGGAAUUUCCAUUUCUUGGGACUCUUCUACGUGAAUAUGCAAACAAAUACGAACAUUCAAGAGAAAAAUUGAUCGUUUUGGUUCAUUGGACUUUUUUAAGGAGACUUUUUCUUAUUUCAAAAAAUGGUGAAAAUAAAGAUAUUAUGGAUUGGAUAAAAAAUGACGAUGAUUCAUUUAAUAUUAUUUAUUUUCAAGAUAAUAAUAUGAUCAUUGAAACUAAACAAUUUUUUGAUAAUGAAAAUUUUUCUAUUCAAUUCAAGAUGGAUGAAAAUAAUCAAUCAUUUCUACAAAUGAAAAUAAAUGAUUAUAUUGAUGAAAAUGAUGGAUCUUUAAAAUCUAUUAAUGAAUUCAUAUCAGAAAUAGAAAGUGAAAUUUACGGAUUAGACUUAGUUAAGAAGAAAAAAGAAACUGGUUACUCAAUCGGGAAAAAAAUGAUAAUUAAAAAGCAAUUUUUUAAUCAUUAUCGUAAAAUAAGUGUUGUUUAUCAUUAA